AUGCCGUAUGUAAGAGGUGCAGCGAAAGCGAUAGAGCUGUCCUGGGACGCUUUUCCAAAGCCAACACCAGAGUCUGAGAGCUGGCAACCCGAUCCGGACUCAGUUCCUAUUGCGGGCGGCCUCCCUGAUCCUCGUUUCAACAAGGAUCCUCUCACUGAGAGGCAAAAGAUGGCCUUGAAGCGUAACAAGCGUCACGGGUUCGCUACUGAUGACCUCAACACAAGCACUUGCUUCAGCUCACCCGCUGCUUUCAUAUCAAGGAUUAACACUCCUACUGGUGUCGGUAGUUGGCCUGCACCGGCACCGCGUGCAACUGGUUUGUCUCGUGUAUUUGCUCCUCCUGCGGUUCAGCAUCCCAUCUUCACCACGCCUGAGACUCUUAAACCAGCCAAGGAAGCCGUUGCUGCUCCAACUAUGGCGCCAUUGUUUGAUCAAGUCACCACUACAGCGCGUUGGUUCACUAAUGGCUCCGAAGGGUCUACGGAGACACUUCCAGUUCAGCCUCUCUUCCAACGCCCUCAUACGCCUGCCGCUAGCAUCACCUCACAGCAGUCUGAGUCCCCGACAAAGACUCCGGCUCCAGCCUGGGCUCGCUCACUGGCGCACCUUCUCGGCGAGCCGCCGCCCAAGCUUGCUCCUCUAAGUCAACCUCUUCCGGCGCUUAACCAACCUGCUACACUGCCACCGGCAUCUACACCCCCUCACCUUCGCAAGCAGAGACUGGCAGCCAAGACAGAGUCUACGAAAGCUACUGCAGUUUCAAAGUCUACGAAUGUCACAGGCCAAGAGACAUUCACCCGCCAAGACGACAUUGGUCCGGUACAUUAUCCAGCUGAGGGUGACGCUGAACCUAUCAAGAUGGUCGAGGGACUCAACGUGCAGAAAACAUUACUAGAAAGCUUCAUCCCUAAGAAGCCCGUCUCAUCCUUCCAGGAUCACCGUCGCUAUCUGAACACAAAGCUCAUCAGUAUCAUGGAGGACGAGAUGGACAUGCAGACACGCACAACAAGACAGCAACUUCAGGGCAUGAGCGACAGUGAGUUUGACAGCCACCUUGCCAAAACAACAUAUAUGCACAAGCUCAGCUGGGAGGUCAAGCAGAGGACCCGUGAGACUGGUGAAAUGGACCUGAAGGCUUCUCUGGCCAACUUCUAG